AUGCAUAUGCUCAAGAUCACCGCAAUUUUGGCGUUCGCUGCCAGCUUCGCUGCCGCUGCCCCUAGUUCAAGGCUCAACGGGGUUGCAAAGCGCCAAACUACCGAGUUCGGCCCAUACCCUGAGGACGACUAUAAUACAAAACGCCAGACAACCGAGUUUGGUCCUUAUCCUGAGGAUGAUUACAAUACUAAACGCCAAACUACCGAGUUUGGUCCAUACCCAGAAGAUGAUUACAAUACCAAGCGUCAAACCACUGAAUUUGGCCCUUACCCCGAGGAUGAUUACAACACCAAGCGUCAGACCACUGAGUUCGGCCCCUACCCAGAAGAUGAUUACAACACCAAGCGUCAGACCACUGAAUUUGGUCCAUACCCUGAGGAUGACUACAACAACAAGAACUAA